GAUGCCUCCGCCGCGCGGAGCCGGGCGCUGCUGAUCCGCCGCUUCCCCCGCAGGGAGGCGGGCGGCGGGCGGGCGGGCACCAUUGCCGGCGGGGCGGCCGCGUCCCGGCUCUGGCAGCGGCGCCGGCGGCUCGUGGCCGCCGCGGGGCUCGCCCUGGCCAUGGGGCUGGCGCUGCUCAUCGCGCUGCCCGUGCUGCUGCAGGCGCCCGCCGACAGCGCCGCGCACUACGAGAUGAUGGGCACCUGCCGCAUGAUCUGCGACCCCUACAGCGGCGCCGGCCCCGGCCCCGGCCCCGGAGCCCUGGAGGCGCUGCAGGACCUGGCGCCGCCGCCGCCGCCGCCCUUCGUGCAGGGCCCCAAGGGCGACCCCGGCCGGCCGGGCAAGCCGGGCCCCCGCGGGCCGCCCGGGGAGCCGGGGCCGGCCGGGGCUCGCGGGCCGCCCGGGGAGCGCGGCGACGCCGGCAAGCCGGGGCUGCCGGGGCUGGCGGCGGGCAGCGGCGGCGGGGAGGUGACGGGCGCGCUCAGCGCCGCCUUCAGCGGGCCCAAGAUCGCCUUCUACGUGGGGCUCAAGAGCCCGCACGAGGGCUACGAGGUGCUCAAGUUCGACGACGUGGUCACCAACCUGGGCAACCACUACGAGCCGGCCACGGGCAAGUUCACGUGCCAGGUGCGCGGCAUCUACUUCUUCACCUACCACAUCCUCAUGCGCGGCGGCGACGGCACCAGCAUGUGGGCGGAUCUCUGCAAGAACGGGCAGGUGCGGGCCAGCGCCAUCGCACAGGACGCGGACCAGAACUACGACUAUGCCAGCAACAGCGUGGUGCUGCACCUGGACUCGGGGGACGAGGUGUAUGUCAAGCUGGACGGUGGCAAGGCACACGGGGGCAACAACAACAAGUACAGCACCUUCUCGGGCUUCCUCCUGUACCCCGACUAGCCCAGAACCCCAGUGAGCCACCGAGCGCCGGGGCCCACCGCCUGCUGCGGGCCACGUUAGCUGCGUUAGCCAUCCGUACGUUUUGUUUUGCGGUGGAGGCGAGCGAGCUCAUCCCUCCCCACAGCCACAGUGCAUCUGUCCCCGUGUGUGUCACUAGGAGUUCAGCUGCUGCUUGAAGCGGACUAGCACGUGUCAUGGGCCACGGGGGGAAGCCAUGGACUGCUGAGCCCGGCCCCCUGCACGCUGCGCCUCCCUGCGAUCACCGGCCAGGCUCCUGGCGAGGUGGGCUGGCCGGCCACAUGCACCGGCUCUUCCUUGCUGCUUUUGUUUGUAUAGGGUCAAGUGUAACUUUUCGUUUACGUGCAAUGCAAUCCUCGUGUGAAUGAUGGUGUCAUGAAUCCCGCUGUCCCCAGCUGCCCGACCAGCACAUCACCAACGACGGCAACAACAACAACAAAUCACAUUAAAUUAUGUUUUUAGA